UACCGUGGUGCUCUCUGGCUUAAUGCUGGUUGAACAGACAAUAGUUUUGUGCAGGAGGAUAAGGAGGAGCAUCUUACCUUGUUCCAGCUAGGACUACAGAGAGAUGAAUUGGAAGCAAGAAGCUAUUUUGGUCUUGCAAUAUGACUCUUGGCAGCUACCUUUUGCCCAGUCAUAGUGCCUGAUCGUCUCUAGCCCUAUUGGAUGUGGAAAAUGCAAACACAAGUUCCUCAUAUCAUAAAGAUAUGAGGACAAAGGUUCUCCACAACCAUAUCCCAUAGAGAAGUCCUAAGGUUCUUACAAUUCAGAGACUGAAGGAGUCACACAGGAGUUUCAUCUGGAAGCUUUGCUUUUGGUCCUGUGGAUGAUUAGGAAACCUGGAUGUUGAUGGGUACCCCCUUUUGGUGGCUGACAGCUAUUCACAUACUGACUUUUCAGUGCAGAUCAUGCCUGAUUACAGGUCAAUUCAUUAGCUCUCCUCCUAAUAGUUCCAUCAUUGGAGUCAUUGGAGAAGAGGUUGUUCUACCCUGCCACGUGGUAGCAGGUAACAUUCCUGAGGUAUUCUCUGUCCAGUGGAUAUUUCAUGAACAGUCUGAAAAAAUAACUGUGAGCAGAUAUGAUGGAAAGAAUAAAAAGGAGAAACAAGAUGAGAGAUAUAAAGGGAGAACAGAAUUCUUCUACAGUGAAUUUAGAGCUGGCAACAUGUCUCUGCGCUUGAAGAAUGUUGGGAGCUCUGACAAAGGAUCAUACACUUGUGUGGUCUCUUUCAAUGACACGUACCAUGAUGUGCUGAUUGAACUGCAAGUGGCAGCUAAAGGUGGUGUGCCUUCCAUUUUCCUGAGGAGUCACAUGAAGCAGGGCAUUGGCCUCACCUGCCAUGCAACUGGCUGGUUUCCUAAACCUGAGGUGAUUUGGCUGGAUGGCCAAGGACAAGUCCGGAAAGAGCUAUCAACCACAAAGAUGACAAUGAUGCCUGCAGGCCUAUACAGUGUCAUAACUUCCAUGAACCUAAAACCGGGCUCUGACAUGGAAGUCUCCUGCAGGAUAGUCAACAAUCUGCUAAAUACGACGAGCGAGUCCCGAGUCCUGAUCUCAGGUGGGUGAGGUCUGUAGUCACCUGCUUGUAAGAUUAACAAGUCAGACUGGCUAAAUGGCGUGAGUCCCAUUUUUAUGUCACGAGCUGGCCUGAAGAUGUAUUCCCAGAAUCAAUGUGGGAAGAAAGUUCAUGAGAGCUGCAGUCUUCUUCCAUCUUUAUUUCUAGCUGACUGCACAGCCUUGGACAACACCCAGUAAAUCAGUUUCCUCCUAAAAAGGGGUCAGGUAGUAUCAAGACUUUCUGUGUUCCUUUGUUCAAAUUUAAGGCAGUCAACCUGUUGGAGAUGAAUUAAAACAGAUUAAGAAUACAACUGUAUGCACAUACAAAAAUGACAUAUUUCCUUAGUGAUGGUUAAGCAGUCUAAAAGCUUUCGCCAUCCAGAACCAGGUUACCAGGUCAUUUAAUAAGAUGUGCACUGGUGGGUUUCACACAGCGUAGCUGAAAAUAGUUAAGGUCACAAGAGUUAAAGUGAUAAUUUUGACAUCUCACAAAUGUUUUUAGUCUGCUUUUAUCUUUCCUCUUUUUAAUGCAUGCAUUAUGUGUAAUCAUAGUGUGAAUAAUGUCA